AUGAAGACAUUUGGUUGUGAAGUUCCCGACAGUAGGCGCGCGCUGGAUCCAGAAGCAACGACAGGAUGAAUUGAGACAUUACGCGCAAGAGGUUGCCACGGGCGAGCGUAAGGUUUGACCUCUGUGGGAAUCAUUUCUGAGACAAACAACUUGGUGAGGAUGUAUCAAUGAAGAAUGUGACCGCGCCUGACUCUCUCCAAACGGGGUGGAUGAAGCCCUCGGCGGUGUCAUGCGUCUUGCCCCGCAGCCAAACGCGCAACCCUUGCGGCUCAUAGUUCUGCUCCUCCUCACCGCGGGGGUGAACACAUCCCCGGUGCUCUCCUCGGGCUGCCCGGACAGGUGUGUAUGUGAUGACCAGCUGGUGGUUCAAUGUGCUGGGCAGCACCUGACCACCUUCCCGGUCAACUUGCCGCUGGCCACGCGGCAACUCAUCAUCUCCAACAAUCGCAUCGUGGAGCUGCCGCCGCUCGCGCUCAACUACCUCUCCGAUUUGGUGUACCUGGACUGCAGCAACAAUUCUCUCACGGAGAUAUCCGAGUCCACGUUUGGGAAUCUACGGAAGCUAGCCUACCUGGACCUCUCCUUCAACACCUUGAUCCGGAUCGAGGACAGGACGUUUGGCCCCUUGGCGAGCCUGGUGAUGCUGAGGAUGACCGACAAUCCGGGGCUCUCGGAGAUUCACCAGGACGCCUUUGUGGAAAACGCGGCCCUACAGGUGCUGGAUGUGAGUCGGAACAACCUGACGGUGCUCAACAUCACCUCCCUGAUCGCGCUGCCCGCGCUGCGCUCCGUGGGGCUCAGCGGGAACCCGUGGAGCUGCGAGUGCGACAACGAGGACCUUUGCUUGUGGGUUCACCUGGAGGGCUUCAAGUUCCAAGAUGAGGGCCAGACGGUGUGUGGCUCACCUGCUGACAUGCAAGGUCGUCGUAUGGGUGAGGUGGGCAUCCAGCUACGGACGUUAUGUCACCAGACUCUGGGCUCCUGGGACUACCUUUUCUUUGUCCUCAUCGGCUUUGUCAUCUUUGCUGCUGGCACCGUGUCGGCCUGGGUGAUGGGCGUCAUUAUGGUGCUCUAUGAGCGCUACAUCAAGAAGAAAGAUGAACAGCUUGAUGUGGACGAUGAGGAAGAAUCUGGUGAGACGGGCCACCCAUCACAGGCCAGGAGUGACCAUGGCAACGGGAAUUUGAGAACGUCACAUACUGUUUAAAAUGUUUAAUCCCACUCUGCCCAUCGCGGAUUCCCACAGUGCCUCCUGUCAACUUCCAGGACUGUCUGUGAAGUCUAAUUACACUCCAGUUAAACUGAGCCUGUUUUACAGGCUCAGUUCUGAAAGAUAAAAGAGAGGAUUCAACAGAAAGUUGGAAUGCCAUUCUUCUCAUUUGUGGUGGGCUUUCAGGUGACGUAACACACACACACUCUGGCUGCUGUUGUGGAGGUCCCCAAGCACUGGGUAUGACUG